CAUUGGUAGUUUCUAAGGAUCUGGUUUGCUGUCCAUGACCUAGUUAAGCACUGAGUCAGUAACCAUCUGCCAACGCCUGUACAUUCCAACCGAACCCGCUACUGCAGGCAGACAAUAUACGCUGGAGAGUAUUACAGGGCAAUUAACGCAAGCAGAUAUCCACAUCGGUCACCCAAAGGCAAAGCUGAAUUAUGUUUCCAACAUGGGCCGGACAUGAUUAGAUGCUUGCUGGAGUGCGGAAGGGAAACGACUAGUAUUACGUGCUAGAGGUUUAUUAGGAUCCGCUUUGGCAUGGUAAAUGUUAAUGCGUAUUCCUCACUCCAGUGCAACAGCAUCACUGGGUCAUGAGCGUUUACAAAUAGGGUAGACGGUUGUUAAUGUGGACAUUAAUACUAGAACUAUACUUCUGCUGCCCUUGAAAUUGUACUAAUGGCAGGGUUAGUGAACAUGAAAACUUUGUACUUCGCUGCGGUCGUGUUGGCGCUGUAUUUUUUCAUCAUGGAUAUCAUUCUCUUACACCACAUUCAAGCAUGGAGUCCGGUGCCAGGACGCCAAGUCAAACCGCCAGCCAUGUACGAUCCCUUCAAGCCAUUAAGUGUAAAGCAUAUUAUGAUCGACCAUAUGACGAACUACGUGUACGGACCACUGUCGGAAUAUUUUAAUUUUUUCUCAAACUUCAGUGACAUUUUUCCUUGGAUUACACCCAACAUGAUAAGUAUUUGCCAUAUGAUCACAUCAGUUAUUGCUGCCAAACUAAUAGCAGACGAUAAUCUCAGUUGCCGUCAAAUCGGAGCUCUUGUUUUUGAGUUUCGUACUUAUUUAGAUUCACUGGAUGGUGUAGUGUACAGAGCACAUGCGAAAAAUAAACAAUAUGCCUCCAACUGGGGCACUCUCGGGUAUAAUGUGGACAUGUCGGCAGAUAUCCUUGCCGGUGGAGUACUGUUCCUAGCUCUGACUUAUCGAAUCUGGCGCAAUACACCAGAAUCUAAUUAUAGUCAGAUUGAAUCGUCUGCCGCGGAGCAGGGACUAGCCACCAAGUCUUCCAAUGGGGCCUCAGAUCAAAAAAUACCAAGAAAAACUUUAUUGAUUUAUUUUGUGCUUUUUGGUCUCCGGUUGCUUCUUAGUGCUUACUUCUGGGAUCAUUACGUUCAUAAAUAUCACAACCUUUUGGAAGGAAAUGAUGCUACUCAAAAAACUCAGGCACUGCGUUCCGACUUGGCUCAUUCUGCUCCCACGCUCAUUAUCUGGUGGAUGUGGAGAAUAGGAAAUUCUGGCGCGUUCCUGGAAUUUAUCAUUGCUUCUGUGGUCUUUGAUAAAGUAUGGGAAUUUGUGCGUUUUACCCAUUACGUAGGCUGGGUCUUUCUUAUCACGCUGAUAGUAGCAUCACAGAUCCAUACUGUUGAGAUCGCGUCUGCAAUCAGUGCCGUUGCAUCAAAAGCCAUGUGAACGUAGUACUCAUGGGAGGGCGAUCUUUUUAGCAGACAACAGGCUAUGAAGUGAAUCAUGACAUUUGUGCACCGGUGGCAAAUGAUAAAUGACAAGAUGAAAGGGAAGUGUUAUUCUGCGGCAGAUGUUGCAGUGAGAUCAUAAAAGAAGUUGUCACUUCCUGGAUGCCAGCUAUAUACUUUGUUAAUGCUGUCUGCAAUAUGCUAGUCGGAUUAUGAUAUUGGGAGUGCACAUUUAAGAAGACUAGUUUGUGGGGAGUUAUAAUGCGUACUUGGUUGCCAAGAUAAAAACAACUGAAUUCAACAAUAAAUGUACACUUAAUGAGA